AUGGUGGCAUGGCGCUGCAAUACCCUGUGUGAUGCCGAUCCAGUAGCUAAUUUCCUCAGAAUCUCCUCCGCAACCUCUCGCUUGCUCGGGCCUGCAAUUACUAUUACCUGUCAUCGAACGCCUCUUGGACAAUUCGAGGAUACUAUCCCAGACCUGUCUCCAGAAACCCAGUUGAACUUUCGGAAAUUUUUGCAAGUUGCCGGGAUUGAAAACAUGCUAAUGAACGAUGGCAGAAGGAUAUCUGACACGGAGGUCCUUAAUGAGAUCAGAAAGGAAGUAGCUAUGCUUUCCAGAGGUGAAACGGAGGAACGAACUACUCUGAUCCCUGCGUGCAUCAACGGGGAUGCCGAAACAGUGAAAUCACUCCUGCUUUCUGGGGAGUAUAAUGUCAACGAAGUUGCACCUAAUGGCGAAACCGCUCUAACCCGUGCAGUUUCAGCAAACGCCAUACGAAUAGUCGAACUCCUAUUGAAACAUGGGGCGGACCCCAACUUCACGGGUAAAAAAGUUGAAUGUACUCCUUUGAUGGAGGCUGCUAGUGCUGGCUACACGGAUAUUGUUCGUCUGCUUUUGGAGUACGGGGCAUGUGUAAGUCAAGAAUCGAAUACGGGGAACACGGCCUUGCAUUAUGCUGCAACCGCCGGUCACUUGGAAUGCGUGUGCUUACUGCUGCAGUACAACAGUCCAAUGGAGGUGCAAAAUGAAACUGGACACACACCCCUUAUGGAGGCUACAAGCAAUGGACACAUUGAUGUUGCGCGUUGCCUCAUCAAGCACGGUUGCGACAUCAAUACUCAUUCUAAAGAGUUCAAAGAAUCGGCUCUCACGCUGGCCAGCUACAAAUCUCUUCCAAAUGCCCCACCAUCAGAUGUGAACUCAUACUGGGACGAGAUUGCCACUUCUUUGCAUAGUGCUGGGAAUUUUGUCUGUGGCACGGCCCGACCAGGCGCACCCAAGCACUCGAUAUCAGACCGGACGGUGGCACUACUUAAGUCUCGAAGAAAUAUCCCAGCCGGUCCCGAACAUAACCCGGUGCGAAAAGUUAUCAGACGUCAAGUGAAAGUGAGCUUGCGAUCCGACCGUGAAGUAUGGUGGACACAGAAAGCCAAAGAAAUGGAAGGGGCCCAAAACGCCGGUAAUGCCCGGAGAUUGUUUGAGUUGAUCUGUGCGACCGGUCCAUCAAGCAUCAGAAUGGAACAACCAUCUCGAAUAAGGAAGAACGCUUUGACCGGCGGGCUGUCGUGGCCACCAGCCGGCACUCAUCUAGAGCACACAGGUGAAGUAGAACCCUGGACGGUGAACGUGGAACCACCUACGGCCUCGGAGGUUUACGACUGCAUAUGUUCUCUCAGGCCCCAUCGAGCUCCUGGUCCGGAUGACCUUCCACCCGCACUUUUCAAAGACGGGGCUCAAGUCCUCAGUCAGCGCUUGUCCGAUCUGUUUGCUUGCAUUUGGAAAGAGGAGUCUGUCCCAGACACUUGGGGAGAAUCGAUGAUAGUGCCCGUUUUCAAAAAAGGGGCGCGUAGUUUGGUAACCACAGGGGUUCAGCUUGACCCCGAUUGUAACGAGACUGGUCAUGCGGACAUGGUGCGGUUCUUACUAGAAGCAGGCGCCGAUCACGAGCACCGGACGGACGAAAUGCACACUGCUUUGAUGGAAGCUGCCAUGGAGGGUCAUGUCGAAGUGGCUAGAUUGUUGCUGGCCCACGGAGCAAAUGUCAACAUCCCACAGGAUAGUUUUGAGUCCCCACUCACGCUUGCAGCCUGUGGUGGACAUACGGAGUUGGCCCACUUGCUAAUUGGGUACGGCGCAGAUAUAGAAGAAGUCAAUGACGAGGGGUAUACUCCUUUGAUGGAAGCUUCAAGAGAGGGUCACGAAGAGACAGUUUCAUUGCUUCUCGCUGUGGGCGCUGAUGUAAAUGCAAGAACAGAAGAAACGCAAGAAACUGCUCUGACACUAGCCGCCUGUGGAGGGUUCAUCGAAGUUUGUGAGAUGCUGCUCAACGCGGGGGCUGACAUUGAGGUUGGUGGUGUGGGUUGCUCGACGCCACUGAUGGAAGCUGCCCAAGAGGGACAUCUAGAAUUGGUUCGGCGUCUGCUGCAACGCGGUGCUGCCGUGAACGCUGUGACGGCCACCGGAGACACUGCACUACAUUACGCAGCUGAAAAUGGUCAUGUGAAAGUUUGUAAGGAGUUGCUUGACUGGGGCGCUGUCUUUGGAGCAAUGACUGAAGGUGGGAGGACGCCCUUGAUGAAAGCAGCUCGUAUAGGAAAUCUGGAAGUCGUCAAAUUGUUUGUUGAGCAUGGUGCGCCAAUCGAUCAACCAACAUCACUAAAUGAUGCCAACGCUCUUUCCCUGGCCUGUAGUGGUGGUCAUGCUAUGGUGGUCAAAUACCUGUUGCAGCACGGUGCUGAUCCUCAAUAUCAACUCCGAGACGGGUCAACAAUGCUAAUCGAGGCCGCUCGAUCUGGGAGUCCUGCAGUACUGCGCCUACUUCUUGAUUAUCCAAGGUGUUUAACUCAACCUACGACACAACUAAUUGCAAACGCAGUCCCCCAACAGCUACAACAACAACAACUCCAGCUUCUGCAGCAACAAGUUUAUCAGCCGCUACCUAAUGGGACUCCUUCACCUGUUGGAAACACGCCUGGCAUGCCUCCCCCACCUCCCCUUCCUCUGCCACUGUCUGUAGCGGGUGGGGCAAACUUUGAGACGUGUAUGGAUCCGACACACGUUCAUCUGCAUGCAAAUCAGCGUGCUAUUUCUUGUCACACCCAACAACAUACACAUCCAGCAAUUUCCCUUCAAGCACCGACGAACCUUGUGGUACCUUCAAGCUCCAGUCAGCCACAAAGCCAUCUGGAUGCCGCAUUGGUCAAUGCCUAUGCUGUGGGGUGGGCAGACGGGGCUGCCUCUCUUGUGCAACAGCAUGUGACCCUAUCAACUUCAGGUGAUACUCAAACUAGCACCGGCUCUCAGGCAAUCUGUUCCUCGACGAACCCUCUACUUACGCACCCACCUGGAUCGUUUCUACUACCUGCAACCAACGCAAAUUUCGACGCUGCACCAAUAUCUCAGAACUCAAUUGUUCCGAAGCUGUGUUCAGGUACAGCCGUUGCUCCAACAGCCUUUCGAGUUGCUACUGAGGAGAUAUCCAGUGAAUUUCGCAUUUCCCAGGCAGAAGCAGUUUAUAGGAAGACGACCACUGCCGCGAAUCCUCAUCCCGAUUCAACUAUGGUGUCUCGUGUCGCUACUAACAGCGCGGGCAGCCUGAGUGGUAGUAGCUCAACUAGCAGUGAAAGCAGUGCGUCUUCCCUAAUCACUGGCCCCACUAUAGACCCAAAUGACGAUAUCGGAGCAGGCCUUUUGCAAGCGCUAUUCCAAGAAUUGAUGUCUGAUAAGGAUGAACGCAUUCGACGCUUCGAAGCUGUGAUGUCCCCGUACAAUGCAUUACGAGUAGCCCGUUCAAGCCUUAACCAACACCCGCAACAGCCCGCUAAUUCAGCUGCCGCGACCGCUGUUGCAAUGACCACCAAUGCUGCUGCCAUUGCCCUUAGUCGGUUAGUCGACCACCAGCAGCAACAACAACAGCUAUGUCGUCACCGUUCAACUGCUCCGGAUUGUAUGAAUGAUCCCCGCACUUUGCGACGAUCCACACCGUGUACCCACAUCCCCUCCGUUGAGUUGUUAACCAAGGUCGCCAGGAGUGGAGUGUGUGAUUCUACAUCACCUAUGGACUAUCCUCUUGAUAAUCUUUCAACUUCAUUCGCUGCUGACAUUGCCAUGAACCAACAAACACUGGACCAAACAGAGCUAGUGGAGUCUGUGAUCUUGGGUUCCAGUACUUCCAACACGACCCCGAUCCUCUCAUCCUGCCACUCUUCUUCUUCUGCUCUUUCGACGCCUGAAUGUUCCGCUUCUUCGUCUAUGGGCAUAGCAGAUUCCGCCGGCUCUGUGGCGAAUCCUACUACAACCGUAGCCCGCGAUUCAUCCCCGCUGACUACAUGCGAAUACGAGUUAGACAGAGCAACUGACAUUUUGGCGCCGACUCUAGAUUCUGCCUAUUUGGGAGGAGUCGUGGAUACUGUUGGGUUAGCCAACGCGCAGGCUCUUUUCCACGAAGCGCCACACAUGGAUCAUGAGCUGUUAGCCUCUUAUCGACACUAUCACCAUCCUGGAUCUCACCUAACCUGUGCAUUGGAUGCUAGCGCAGCUGCGGCAGCCGUCGCUAGCCUUGGUCAUCCAACUUCCCAUGCUGGUUUACAUCACCACCAUCAUCAUCCUUUGGCCGUGUCUGCGAAUGGAGAUGGUCUGGUCACUCCAAGUGGGUUGUUGCAUGUUCCCCAUCAAGCGGCUGCUCUUUCUGUCGAUGCACUGAUGUCAAAUUCCGCGAGUGCCUUGGCCUACGACCCGUCAAACGCACUAUCAGCUCACUCCCUACAUCAGGGCUCGCUGCCUCUUGCUGGUUCUAGAAUACUGCCUAUGGGUCCCACCAAUAUACUGACGGCUAACGGCGCUUCACUGUCUUCUGCUCGUCUUCUCACUUCAUCUGAGGUCCCACAAAUGACUAAUUUAGCGAACACCGGCGAAGCUCCUACCCCGGUUAAUGUGCCAUCUCUCAUUGAUGUAAACGCCUGUAUCGAGUCCAGCAUGGAAACCGCAUUAACUUUAGCCUGUCACGGGGGUCAUGUGGAAUUGGUCCGGUUACUACUAGAACGCGGUGCCGAUCGAGAGCAUCGGGAUAAGAAGUCCUAUACACCACUCCAUACUGCGGUUUACGCCAAUCAACGCGCUGUCGUCGCCGUUCUGUUGGAUUAUGGAGCUGACAUUGAGGCGCAGGUAGACCGGACCAAGGAUACCGCUCUAUCAAUUGCUUGUUCCCAUGGAGCACUAGAGAUUGUUGAGGAACUCCUCAAUCGAGGAGCUAACAAAGAACAUCGGAACAUUUCCGAUUACACUCCGCUUAGUUUAGCUGCAUCCGGUGGUCAUGUUGAAGUAAUCCAACUGCUUCUGCGUCAUGGGGCCGAAAUAAACUCAAGAACUGGAUCGAAACUGGGCAUUUCACCGUUGAUGCUGGCAUCGAUGAAUGGCCAUACCAGUGCCGUAAGCCUGUUGCUGGAGCAUGGAUCAGAUAUUAAUGCGCACAUCGAGACCAACCGAAACACGGCCCUGACUCUAGCGUGCUUUCAAGGUCGUUCUGCUGUCGUUAGUCUGUUGGUUGAACGGAAAGCCAAUAUUGAGCAUCGAGCGAAGACUGGACUCACGCCACUAAUGGAAGCUGCUUCCGGUGACUAUGUGGAAGUGGGAAUGAUUCUUUUGGACCAUGGGGCUGAUGUGAAUGCUGCACCAGUUCCGAGUUCCAGAGAUACCGCCCUCACCAUUGCUGCGGAUAAAGGCAAUUCCAAAUUCGUUAACCUUUUGCUGGAAAAGGGUGCAAUCGUCGAAGCACGGAACAAGAAAGGUGCCACACCCUUGUGGCUCGCUUCCAAUGGCGGUCACCUCGAGGUCGUCCAAAGUUUGAUCAAAUAUAAUGCCGAUGUGAACAGCCAAGACAACCGAAAAGUUAGCUGCCUUAUGGCUGCAUUUCGAAAGGGCCAUAUAAACGUAGUUCGUCUACUUGUUCAACACGUAACACAAUUCCCUUCGGAUAAAGAUUGCGUUCGGCACAUCAAAAUGGCUGUGACCGAUAAAGCACGCCAGGAUAUUGCUUCCCGGACGUUUGGAAUAAAUAUAUUGAAGCAAGCGAGAACUAAUUCUGUUUGGGCACCUGCUGCUAGUUGGCCCACUGAUAGUACUCUUUUGCAUUCGGGCUGUUUGGCCGUUGGACCCAGUCGGAUUCACCCUGAAUUCUCACCGCAGACCUUGGAUUUUGUCGCUGAUGUCACUAAACUAUUGGAGUAUUCAGUUGUUGACGAUUCAACAAACGAUUGUGUCGAUUCAGAUCCCAUUACCACUGAUGAUGACAGUUCUUCAGUCCAUAGUCUCAGCAAAGUAUCUACGUCCAGUGGCUGUUCUUUCGGCUUUGAUUUACAGUCCCACGACUCUAUUGGUAGCAAUGAUGAACUAGCGAAGCGGUGCCAGCAGUGCCGUGAAAUCAUCAUCGCUGCCAAGGAGAAACAGGAAGGGGAGGCAAGGAAGAAUGCAAAUUGUCUGCUGGAGCAGAUUGAACAGGAGGAGGAGGAACGCGCAAUCCGGGAAGCAAUGCAAGCCAAGAAACGCGAACGGAAAAGAAUGAGACGCAAAGCCAAGCAGGAGAAAGAACGACAAGGCAAAGAAGCUGUUCAAACAUCUCAAUCGAAUCCGACAGAGGGGAAUUUAAAUGUCAGUCCUUCACCUGAUGGUGGGGAUCAGGAAGGAGCGGAUGACCACAGUCCGGAAAGGCAUGACUCAACGCUUAGUCAAGCAGUUCGUCACGUCCGCCAAGGUUCAUUCGACAGCCAGCGAUCCAAUGAAAGUAACGGAGAUGUGAUGGAUGAACAGGAUGCAUCCUUUCUGGGGGCUAUUGCGGCGAAGCUAAAAACAUCAGGGACUCGGAAAAGCGUUGAGAAAAUAGUCAACACUGUUACUGAAUCACCGGCCCACAGACAAUCUGCGGAGCGCGAGGUUAAUACCACGGCGGCUUCAGACGGGAAGGCUCCUUUGCGCCACUCAAGUGUGACACGCCCCGCAGGUGUUGACACGGUCCCCGUCGUUCCUGUUGAGCCUGAAACUGAACGGUCCGCAGCCGCCGCCACUACCGAGGCGAAGCGUGAGAAACAUCGGAGUAAGAAACAAAGUCAACGUGCGGCGAAGCGGGCAGCAGCUGAAGGAGCCCAACCUUCAGACUCGGAAAAGAAUAUGGAUAUUUUUGGCAACCCACAAGACGAGGAUGUUCUAUCCAACUUACCGGUUACCUCCAGCUACUAUCCACUCACGGUUAGUGCAAAUGGUGACGUCAACUGGAACGCUCUAAUUGAGUCUCAAAGUGCGCAGUUGAGUCAGUAUCUAUCUGCUGGAUUUACUACCUCUUCCAACACUGAAACCAACUCAUGGACAGUUGUCCUUCCCUCUGGUGGCACACGAGCACAAAAGAACACUACCCAAAACCGGAGUGGUGGUGAAGCAGCUGACUGGAAAACAACUUCGUCUACCAGCGGAUCUUUCAAAAAGCGCUUGUCUAUUCCGGUCUCUCGCCAUGACAUCGGAAAAGUUAUCGGACAAGGUGGAGCAGUUGUUAGUGCUCUGCGUACCAUGAGUGGUAUUCAGAUAGACAUCGAGAGCGCCAGAAGCGAUGAAGUUACGGAGCGGAUGGUUUAUUUGAAAGGACCUGUCGAUGCAGUUCAAAGAACUUAUGAAACCAUUCAGGGUUUGUUAAAUGGCUCCAUUGCAGGGAACGAUGUUUUACUUAUGUAUGCUGCCUUAAAGAAGUCAGCUUCUACCACUACUUCAACCUUGGGUAAGCCGAUCAUGAGCGCUUGUGCGAAAAUAAAUGGGACCGCCACGCUGUCUCUUUCUUCGGGUGUCUCCAAAACUGCUACUGCCAGUGGUCGUGGCACAAGUAGCUCUAAACCUACGAGAAGAACAGCUAAAACAGUGACCAGCGUAGCUUGUUCUGUCCCAUCUGUUGUCUCUGCUCGUUCCAGCUCUUCACAGCCAUCUGCCUCACUACAUCUUGGACGGGGCCCGACAACCGGUUUGAAAACACCGACAACUUUAGCCUCCGGUACUAGCUCCAACAGUAAUAAUAACAGUACGGUACUUUGUGGCAUCACAACGCUAUCAUCAGUUAACGGGGGAACCAUCAUGUCUACGAGAGCGAAUGCUCCGAGCGCAACGACUUGGAGUGCCAAAGUGCUUUCCAGUAGUACCUCGUCUAAGGGUAACUUCGCCUCAGUAGCUGCGGCUGGCUUGAUUCCUCAUCCCUCGAAAGCAUCAACGAAGUCUAACGAAACGAAAGUCAGCCAUGGAGCUAGCAAAUAUGCAGUUCCAAACCUUAUGAGCACUUUUCCGUCUAUGACGCCCACAACGGCACCUGUCUCGCUUCUGUCUCUCAACGUAACACCGUUUUCAACAAGCAGUCAGAUGUUCCCUGAUCUAGCUUUGCCACUUUCAACCGCAAACGAAUCGGCCCCUGAUUCCCUGGAUGAGGUUAGCUUCCCACCCUUGAAUCCAAAAUCAACACGCGGGUCUGCCGUGACCAACUCAUGUAUGGAAAAGGUAGUGACCUGCUCCUCCCCAGUCGACGGUUCCACUCAGAGUAUCACGGCCACUGCUAGUGGUUUUGCUACAAGCACCACUGAAGCUGUUUCUGUUGGUCAUUCCACGAGUCUUUUCCAAGAUGAUGUGCUGUUCGUUUCUUCGUCCGUGACUCACCCACAGGAUAUUCCUGUAGUCGAGUCUGAAUGUAUCGCAACUUCCACACUAUUUAAACCACUAACCGUAUCACCUACUCUUGUCAGUACAACUCAUUCAUCACAGCCGCCUACGCCUGUUGGGUCUGGUGGUGGUGUUGGUGUUGGUAGCCAUUCGACAACGUGUUCCGGCACCCCUCCAACAACAACUACACAGGUACGAUCCUUUGCUCGUGCCCCAGGUUCCGAGCGUAGUGCUCACCAAAGAAGCACUAAUGCCAAUCUAGCUGCUACCACUAUUGCCUUAGGGGAUACGUACCCCCCAUCUUUGAUGUCUUUAGAAGUUGCUCCAUGUGCUGGCAUAGCAACAGAUACCUUGCUAAUAACACCCACUAAACGAGCCAUUUCUCCAGAAACCCAGAGCUCUGAGUAUGUUCAUCCCACAAUUUCGACACGUUUCCGUCCAGAUCAGUCGGAAUGGCAGGAAUCUGAACCACCUUCGAUUGCUGCUUCGCAACCUUGCGCCCCAUUCUCAGAACCAAGCUUCACUAUUGAUACCCAAACGUCUGAGUUGAGUAUAGCCCCAGUCGUCGGAUCCUGUCCAGUUACGAAUGUCGCCCUAGCUAAGACAACACUCCGGGCUCCAGAUUCAAUUCGCUCUACUGGUGUACCAGAUUGGCAACUCCAUGCCGGGGAUCUCAAUCCGAAUUCUUUAGCUUUCCAUUCCUCUGCCUUCCAGUCAGGGAAUUCAACCGUCCCACAUCAAACUUCAAUACCUGCUAUGCAACUAGGUGCUGUUGAGCACCAAUCAGCCUCCCUCAUGUCUUCUGCGAUGGUUAGUUCGGAUUAUCCAACGGACGCGCUUCCCACCGGUUUGGAGACCACUCUUUCUGGUGGUCUAAGACAACCGGCGUCGUUGAAGUCCACAUCUGCUGCUGUUCAGCAACAGCCAACAGUCCAACUGUCUUCUCUGAGUACAGCAUGUGUGUCUACGUCCGGUACGAUGCUCACUUCCACGUUCGCACAAAAUGCCACCGUCACUACGGUUAGCCGUUCAAAGCCGUCACUCCCCGUCAACCCAAACGCCUAUGCAGAGUUGCGGAAUUCAUUUAUCAAUGGCCUUUCCAGCACAGUGCACUCACAGCAGCAAGUUCCUUCCGCCUCUCUGUCUACUCUUUUACCUGGGACACAUUUCCAUCAGAUUUUCUCAUCAAGUCACCAGCAGCAAACUGCUAACUCGGGUAAUCUAUCAACUCCUUUGUUACAACAGCAGCACGCGGGAGCAACCUCAACUGCUCACCUCACUGGCACUUCCCAUCCUCUGUUCAAUCAGGCACAGCUUGCUAUGAGUUGUCCGACAGUAUCGGCGCCAAAUUCCUACACACCACCGCCUUGUAUACCUACGUUCAUGCCUCCCGGCACUCCUGGUUCCGGUAGCUCUUACUCCUCACAUCUUCUCAAUGGUGGUGGCCCCGCCGUCCCUAUGGGCAGUGGGUCUUUGUUGGGCAAUAAUUCUGGUGUACAUCAGCCGCCAACCGUCCCAAUUCAACCAAUCGGUGCCGAGCGAAGACGUCAGACAGCGUCUAACGCUGUUGCCGUCCCUCUUACGGGGGUCUACCCGACUUCAACGACUAAUGGACCGUAUAGUUUCAGUUCUUCGAGCUUGAACAAUCCAACCACAGCACUGCAUCCUCAGGCUCCGUCGCCACAACAGUCAUCAAACCAGAAUUUCCUCAUGUUCGUUAAUUUGUUUCAGCAACAGCAGCAACAACAACAGCAACAGGCACAACAACAGCAGCAAGUGAACUUAGGUGCACAGGGCCCUUCUCAUCUUGCUAAUUGGCAAUCUCCGUGUCUUUGGCCUUCCAGCUCUAUGACUAGCAGCUUUUCCGGCCCUGUUGGCAGCACGACCACAAUCCCACCUGGCAAACUGGCUGCUGGUGGCAUGGAUUUGUCAGCCUACAAUAACACAAAUUUACUCCAGAAUUCACUGUCCUCUGGCACUAGCUCUGUUGGGAAUCAGCAACAGCAACUGGUCGCGGCAAUGGCAGCUAUUGGGAUGUGUCCUCCCUGGAACAACACUGGCUCAACUAAUCCCACAUUACUCAACCCUGCGGCUUCCACCGUGCCUAGGUCGUCCGGACCCACUGGACAAGGUCGUUGGCUAUAUUCGCCACAAAACACUACAACCUAUCCGAGCACAAGUCCGUCAACUCAAUCGUAUUACUCCGAUCAAUUGCCACAGCCAUUAAAGCCGACGGGCAACGUUCCGCACCCGGUGGCUCCAAGUCAUUCACAAGCGGUGCACAGAGCGCCCCAGGAAUAAUGCAUCUUCCGUGAUCAUCACUCGAAAUUCUUAUCCUGACAUUGAAUCAACACAAACUCAGCGAUCUGUGGUUGCUUCAUUUCCCCAUGUUCUCUUCAACACAACAACCCCUUAUAUAACUCGUAUGCUUUCACUCCCCUUAGCAUGUUCGCUUUCGUGUGUCUGAAGUGUGUCACGUAAAUAUGUCCAGCCCACUGCCCGGUUUUUGUUAUAUACGAGGUCUCGAGUGCCCGUACAAUUCCGUUGUAUUCAAGUUUCCUCUCUCCGAUGUUAAUAGCCCACACCCAAGCCGGCGGCGCUCAUGUGUGAGAUCUUAUGUCAAUUUCUGCGGUGGUAGUUAUUUUUAUUUUGAACUACUUAGUUCUCCAUGCCAAUCCUUACUCGCCGCCGUGCUUUCCCUACUGCCACUUGUGUAGCGCCGUGCUGUUCCUCCCAUCACAAACUUCCUGAACGCAUUUCCUGCAAACUACUUCCGGGACCCGUGAACAAUAUUACUUGCUGGUUAACAGUGCAGGUGAUGUUUUGCACAUAGCCCACCAUAUGGUCUUUUCUAUACCACAUCUGGCUACCUUACAAUGAAGACCACCCGAAUGCUUGAUCCCUCUGUUGCCUUGGCACUUUAUAUUUUUUCCGUUACUACUUUGGCCUUUCAAUCCGCUUUCGGCACUUUCUAGACGCUCCGUUUCUCAUCCCGCACUGAUUCUGAUUCUACCCUUCGUCUAUCAAUUCCUCCCACAACACCGCACUGCUCACCUGGAAACUUCACCGAUACCUCGACUUCUUGUUCCGUAUCUGUAUGACUUAGUAUUGAUUGGGCAUUGUUUUCCUGCUCCCAUUGGUUUGUUCGGAUUUCCCGAGUCCUGUUCUGACGUUGCCAAAAUGUUAAAUUAUCCGCCUUGUCAUUACUAUUAUUGUUAUUUACUUUCUGGUACGCGAAUUCACGAUUUAACGGUGAACUGUAUCCAACCUAAUGGUAUCCGGUUGGUUUGAUUCGCCCCUCCCUUUCUCGCUUCUACCUCUUCUCUGCCUGUCGACUCUUCCUCAUCAAGUUUCUGGUCUGUGCGACUCACUCAACUUGCUCCAUCUCCUGAACAAAACGUGUCCGGAAGUAUACGGCGGCGCAUGUUGGGUGUCGUCAUAUCUUAGUAGUAGUACACGCGCCUAGUUUGUUCCCCGAUUUGACCGGUCGGCUGGUUGAUGAUCCUUCGUCAUUGUAUUGUAUUGUACCAUAGAUCAAGCACUAUUUGUGACGCUCUCUCUUAGACAACAAUAUACGGGAUUCUAAUUACCUCUGCAU